GAGUGCUGAGGCUUUGUGGAGCGGCGCGCGCGGGACGAGCUUUCCUCAGGAUAGCAUUAAUGUUUGUUUUGUUUUAUUGUUUGUUUUUAGUGAUCUCAGCACUGUUUAAUUCCAGCUAGUAAUAAUGGUUUCUUCUAUAAAGAGUUUUUACAUAAGUUACGAUGCCGUGAACGAGAGCAACACCUUCGGUGCUGGUGAUUUUAUUUCAGGGCGAAUAUUUCUGGAAGUUUCGAAGGAGGUCAAACUGAGCAGUCUGUCAGUGAAAGCGAAAGGGAAAGCCAAAGUGCUGUGGUCUGAGAGAUACGGACAAGUGACGGUGGUUUACCAUGCCAAAGAGAAGUACUUCUCCCAGGAGCGGGUGCUCGUACAGGAACGCGCCGCUGGAGGCGCAGGAGAAGAUUAUAUGACACUAAUAAAUCAAGGUGAAGAAAAAUAUGACAGUGUUUUGUCACCUGGAAUCCAUGUGUACUCAUUCACGUUUCAGAUUCCUCAGGGAAAUAUGCCAUCAUCCUUUAAAGGUUGUUAUGGGAAAAUUAUUUACACGCUGGAGGCAAAAUUGAGCAGACCAAUGCGGGUGUCAAGCAAAGCAAUGGCUGAGUUCACCUUCGUUUCAAAGCCUGACGUGAGCAUUGCCCAUCUGAUGGAACCCCAGUUUGGGACCAGGAGUAAGAACCUUAAAUUUCUAACUUCUGGAAAUGUCUCCAUGGAUAUCCAAACAGAAAAGAUGGGGUACAUGCAAGGUGAAGUUUUGCAGGUUGUGGCACAAAUCAACAACAUCUCUUCGCGAAUAGUUACACCAAAGAUUUCUCUGUAUCAAAAACAGAGCUUCUUUGCUAAAGGAAAGAGAAAGCUAUACAUAAAGAAAAUCCUAAAAGAGAAGGGAGAAUCCAUUCCCCCUGGUACUCAUCGGUCAGUAACACAGCAGCUGACCAUCCCUGUGGACCUGCCACCUUCAGUCCUCAACUGUCCAAUCCUCCAAGUGGAGUACAGGCUCAAGGUGUAUUUGAAUGUUCCAUUUGCAAAAGACCCAGAGAUCAAAUUACCACUUAUUGUGCUUCAUGCACUUUCUGCAUCUGGUCCCAUGACCCAGCUAAACACACCAGAGUGUUUUACAUGAACAGGAUGGAAUAACAGUUUAUCAAUCUACCAAUGCAUAGCUGAAUGUGGUGGAAGCUCAUCAACUAUGACUGCUUUAAUGAAAUUAAGGUGCAUUAAGGUAUAAUGUCAAUACCAGUUUUAUUUUUUUUACUCUUUUAAACUUACUGUAUUGUAUCUUGUGAAAAUGAUCAUCUAAGUUGCUUUUGAAUGUGAGUAUCUGUCCAAUGAACACAUUGAAGAGUAUAAGUAAUCUUGUAGAUUAAAAGCACUACCAAAUCAUGUAUUUUAGAAGUUGCAUGAAACGUUUUCAAAGAUUUAGAAUUUUAACAAGAAAUUUGGAGAGUUGGGCAGUAUUGUCAACAAAACAAACUAUUUAUGAUUCAUUUUGGAAAAUAAUUUUCAAACAGGUAGCACUUUGGUGCAGAAGGUGACAAACCUUUAUUAUAACCUUUUUAGAUUGUAUGUUUGUGGUGAAUAUGUUUUUAAGGAAGGAAUAACACUUGAUCCCUUCAUAUGUAUCAGGAUUCAAUAAAGGUGCAAAGUUUGAGAUAUUGCUAUAUGUCUGUAAUCUUAGAAAUAUGUGCU